GCCAUCUUUGUCAAACAUCGCUCGCGCGCGCGAGAGAAUGAAGAUCGUUCUGAAAUAACACGCACACAGACCGUAGUCCGCGACCGAUUGAAAGAUGAAAUAUACAUGACGUCGAGUGUGCCUAUGCAUACUGUAAAGAGACAAACAACAUCGGGCGCACGAAUAUCCGUAUCGUACACCGUCGCACGUUUCGCAUCGUAUAUACACAUAGCAGCCAUAGUGACUCGAGAGGCAUAUCGGCCGAAUGAGGCGUUAAUUGAACGUUCUCGUUAACUCGCCGCUGCGGCGCUCUCUCGUAACCCUUAUUGAUAUCCCUGUUAAAAUACAUCCUAACUCGGCUCGACUCGCACAUCGUCGCUCGUGCUAACGCACGAUAUGAAGGCGCCCUGACUUGCCUGAUGAGAGACUUGCGCGAAGCAUCGGCGGUAGCAGAGAGACAGCGACCCCGGCGACAGGGCACUCGAGCACAUCAUCUUUACGCACAUUACUAGUGAACUUUGGAUUUUGGCACUUUGACCUCCUGACUGCCACCUCUCCGGCUUGUUACGCACAGGGCACCUUUGCCGCAAAAUACACUUCCCCACAUCAGAAAUGAUUUGCUGAAUUAGGUGAGCUGUAGUCCAUGUCUACGUGCCGAUCAGUCCUUUCUCCAGCUAAUUCUCCAGCAAGUAUAUCUUGUCAACAGAAGCAGGAUAGACUAGUGUGGAGGCGCCAAAUAUUUAUGUCUUCUAUAAAGUAUACAGCCUAGUAUUAAUAUCUUAUCACUAUGGCAGUGCUCACGUCUGUGAAGCAAUCGUCGCUGAUACAUCUUAUGUUUGCCAUUACGUUUUUUACAUCUGGUUUGAUAAUAAAUUUCUUCCAAUGCAUUUUAUACUUUGGACUGAGACCAUUUUCGAAGUACCUCUAUCGCAAGAUUAAUUACUAUCUUUGUUAUUCCUUCUACUGUCAGUUAGUAUUCAUGGCAGAAUGGUGGGCAGGAUCAGAUGUUAUAUUAUAUGUAGAUAAGAAGGACUUUGAUAAAUAUUAUGGUAAGGAGCAUGGCUACCUAUUAAUGAACCACAGUUACGAGACCGACUGGCUGAUAGGCUGGCUACUGUGCGAACGUGUAAAAUUAUUGGGCAAUUGCAAAGCAUACGCCAAGAAGUCGAUACAGUAUAUUCCCACUUUGGGGUGGGCGUGGAAAUUCGCGGAAAGCAUCUUCCUCGAGAGGAGUUGGGAAAAAGACAAGGAAAACAUCAAACGUCAAAUCAGGGAAUUGAUCGAAUAUCCCGAUACGAUGUGGUUGCUACUCUAUCCAGAGGGCACGCGUUUCACUCCAAAAAAACUGGAAGCCAGUCAAAAGUUCGCGAUAGAGAAAGGUUUGCCAGUGUUGAAAUAUCACUUGACGCCACGCACAAAAGGCUUCACCGCCAGUAUAAGUCACAUGAGGGGCAAAGCAUUGGCCAUCUACGACAUUCAGAUGGCGUUCAAACCGUCGGACCCGGUGAAGCCGACCAUGAAGAAUCUCUUGUUGGGGAAACGGCUGGAAGGUCAUAUGUAUUGCAAAAGAAUUCCCAUCGACGAAGUGCCAGAGGGAGACGAAGCUGCUGCUGAAUGGCUGCACAAAUUUUAUCAGCAGAAGGAUCGUAUGGCGGAGAGCUUUUAUAAGACCGGCGAUUUCUUCGCCACGAGCGGAGUGCCUAGAACAGACACGUUCACAUUAAAGAGAAGGUACUACUCCCUCAUUAACACUACAUUCUGGGCGAUAGUAGUCCUUGUACCAAUGCUGUAUUACCUUAUAAAGCUCUUCUUGUCUGGCUCGACCGUCUACUUCAGCAUCGGGGUUGCAAUUAUCCUUCUAUUUUAUCUGCUAAUGUACAAAACCAUCGGUAUGUCGGAGAUAAGCAAAGGUUCGUCGUACGGUGCGGCCGACACGAAGAAGGACAAAUAAUUCCAAAGCAAUCGCCGACAGUGACUCUUGUGAAAAAGAAAAAAAUGUGUCAAAGUAAAAAUCCACAAUUGUGUGAUUUGGGGAAAGGGAGGGAUAAAUGAAGUGCGGAGGAAUGCAGAUAUGUAUACAUUUGAUUUAUACUUCUGUGUGAUUUAUUCAGCGAAAAUACGUUCUGUAUGGACUAUAUAUAUAUAUAUAUAUA